CCUGGUUUAUGUUAUCUCUCUUAACUCUCCAAUCUUUUCAAUUUUCCGAAAAUGAAGAAAAUAGUUGUAUUCAAGUUCGAAGUUUUUGAUGAAAGCAUCAAACAGAUAGCUACGGAAGUUGCCAGGGAGUUUCCAGGAGUUACUUCGGUCGUAGACGUUGAAGGAGAAGGUCAGCUAGUGGUGAAGGGAGAAUUUAGUACGUUUGAGUUGACAAAGGAACUAAUGAAGAUAGAUGAAUCUGUUGAGACAGUCAAGAUUGGACCAGAUGAAGAACCGGAGCAAGAAGUCAACCACCACCGCAAAGAUGAAGGCAAACGACCUAACAAUAUAGAAGAAGGGAGUACGCCGUCCGAUGAUGAUGCUGGCAGAUCAAACGGGACAGGACCGCAAGCAUACGGAUGGUGGGAUCAGGCAAAAGCUAUCAGUGCGGGUGCGGCUGAGUAGGCAAAAGUUAUCAGCGUGGGUGCGGCUGAGCAGGCGAAAGUUAUCGGUGUUGGUGCGGCUGAGAAAGCAAAAGCUAUCGGUGCGGGUGCGGUUGGACUUAUACAUAGCUAUGAAGAAAAAAACAAAGAAAAAGAGAUUAAGCCAAAGCCACAGCCUCAGCAUGGAGGUAAACGUUUUGGUUGGGAUGAACUUUACCCACAGAAGAAACGAGGCAUCAUUGAGGGUGUAAAAGGAUAUUUAGAACAAAGAAAAAGGCAAAAAGAAGCACGUCUCCACGGUGAAUGGAUGAAGGAAGAACAGAUGAAACAAAGGAAGAUACGGCAGGAGCAGGCGAGGAUCAUGGAGGAGAAGGAGAAGAUGAGGAAACAAGCUUUAGCUAAGAACUCAGGAGGAGGAACGACACAAGGUUCAACGGCGACAAGCAACACAGGAAGUUGGUGGAACACCAUACGACCCACAAUAUUUACCGGAGAAGCCAGUGGAUCCACGCAAACACUACGAACCGGACAAACAAGUGCAUCCACGCAAGAGAACCGUAGGGCAGAAAAAGGAAAAAAAGAAUCAGCUGCAAAGAAAGGGAACAACGGAAAUUAAAUGAUCUAUUCUAAGUCUAAAGAAACUGAACGGGUAUCAAACAUUUCCAUUAGUUUGUGUUCUGGACUAGAAAAUUCAUCUCAUCUUCUAAAGUGAAGUUUGUGUUCUUUUUUGUUGUGGUAUUUAAUUUGUCAAAUAUAUAUAUUAUUAGUUUUUGUUAAAGGGUCAAUUUGUCAAAUAUAUGCUUUAACUUGUGACCAAUAAAAAAAGAACAUGAAUCUAUAUUAAAUAAAAAGGAUUAUUUAGGGCUCUUUAGGCUAUCCACCUAAGCAAAAAAAACUCUCUCACAAUACCAAGUGGC